AUGUCUUCUUUCUCAGCACUAUUUUCCUCAGUCCCCGGAGGAUGCUGGAUAACCUUAUUCUCACUUGGCACAGCGCACCUACCAACCCAGCCAGCAUCAUCAGAACCCCCAAGAGCAGCGUUCCGCUGCAGUGACCGCCUCACCACUCGCCUCAGGCCGCCUCCCCGACCCGCGCCGCUGCGCCGCAGCGCCCGGCUGCCCACGGCCCUCGAUCCACCCGCCGAGCGCCCGCACACCCUGUCCCGUCCCACAGCGCCCCAGCACCGGGGCUACCUCCGCCUCCCGGCGCGGCGCAGCAGCUCUGGGACGAGCAAGCGAGAGCGGUGCGAAGAAAACAAGAAGCACAGCGGGGCGGAGCGGAACGGAACAGCCCUGCUUUUAUCGGUCAACCCGCCCCCGCGCGGGGCUGACCGGAUGCCCAGGGGCGGCACCGCUCGGCACGGCUCGGCUCGGCACGGCACGGCACGGCACGGCACGGGCUCCGCGGGGCCAGAACGCCAGGCGCUCCGCCCGGGGCUGCCGGCCGCCGGGAUGGGGUUCAGCCGGGCGGGGGGAGCGGGCCCGGCACAGAGCUGCCAGCACGGAGCUGCGGGGCCGCCCCCGGGAAGGAGAGAUGCGGCCCCGAGUGGUGGUGGCCACUUCAGGCAUCAAUCUGGCCUGUGUGAAGCAAUGCUGCAUGGAAGGGGUUUCACUGGGAAGAAAAACAGCUGGGGCAAAGGAGAUUCCAGUCAAGAGGAAGGAUCAUCAUCCUGAACACAGAAGACUAAGUGACAUUCUGAAUUUUCAUUUACUAUGUGCAUUUCCUUUGAGUGAUAUUUGCCAUCUAGAGGUUUACUGAAUUCUAGUUCCCUCUAUUAGCAGAUUUGAAAAUACAGGAAUUGUAGAAGCGGCAAACUAUUACCCACUGGUGCCCCAUUCACUUCAUCUGGGAAAAGUGCCAAGCCCUGUUCAGUGAGGGUGAGGGGGUGCUUUGUGCUGCAUUAACAUCUGUUCAAAGUAUUUACGAACUACACAGCAAAUAUAACCAGCAGCUCGGUGCACUGAUUAACAUCUGCAAACCAAAUCAAGAGAGGGACAAAUUCUCAUUGGAAGAGGAAUACACCAGCACUAAGUAUCAUCAUGACUUAGCCACUGGAUGCUCAGGUCCCAUAGUUCACUGCCUGUUAAGAUGUGUUUACGAUGCCAGGACCUGAUAGAUUGUUUUUCAUUCCUCGAGCAUUUUCGGCAGUGGAGUGAACCUCAUCUGAAUGGAUAAGUAAAGACCUGCAAGAAAAUAUUUUGAUAUGGGCCAGCUCUGUGAUGAAAUUUGUCAUAUGUUCACACAGUGAAGAGGAUUGUGUGGCAAGAGGAGUGAAAGCUUACAAAACAAGACUAACUUAAUUGGGGCUCCCAUGCGAUGAGAAAUUGUGGUUGGCUGCUCUUGCCUCUAACCUUGGCAACAGGUAGUAUUAUACACAUGGGUGUGUGUGAAAUUAUGUUCCUUACCCAUACAGGAAUGCCUGUUAUAUCAGUCCAGUAAUCAGGCAGUGUUAGCUGAGCUUCUAUCUGCCUCCAGAGUUAACCCACUUAAUUCAGAAUAGUGAGAUGAAUGAAAAAAAAAGGGUGCAUUCUAGUGUGAUGCAGAAAUGUUACAGCAUAUGCUCAAAUAUUGAGUAUGUGUCCAAGAGCUGUUAUAAAUCAGCUUUGUUUAGCAGUGUGUGUUUUCUGAUCCUGCACUAGGAUUUUAUUUGCCAAUGCAUAAGCUGUAACUUUGAUGCACAAUGAAAACAGAUAGUCAGUUGGCUGCUACAAUCAGCUGCAAAGAGACUGCUGCUAUGUAGCUGUUUGCAAGGCUUUAAUUAAUUAAUUGAAUUUAUAGGAAAGCAAUGGGUUGGAGAGUGUGUUCUAGUAGGUGUAAGCAGGGAUUGGAGGAGAACAUGGAAUGGAAAAAGCAGGGUAUAACCAAAGAACUAAUUUAAAGCUCCAUGUGCUGGAGGGAAGACUCCCAAGUGUGGCAGUCAUGAAUAUCUCAUCUGGACUUGCAGAUCUGUGCCCUGAUGGAAAGCCAGGGAAGCAUUACAUGCAGGUAGGGGCUACAAGUGAAGAGAAAUGAUAGAGGGAGAAGGAAACCAAUAAUGAUUCUGUGCCAGACCUAAUAGUAAUUUCUCUGCUUUUCCUUCUUUUCAAAUUCUGUUGCUUUUUGUUUUGUUUUAGAUGUUAAACAGCCUGAGGAGAGUGAGGUGCAGAAUUUCUAGUGUAUUCUAAUGCACUCUGUAAUGUGUGGCCACUAAUUGUCUGAGUGUUCAUCUUUAUUCCAUACUUGAGUUACCAUUAGAAAAAAAAAAAAGGAAACGUCCUUUGCUCCUCUGUCUGUUACUUUGUUUUUUAUAGGCCUAAAGGAGAUGGGAGUUUCCAGCUCUGCACCAUACUUUCUAGGGUAUCAGCUGAUGUGAUUAUUAAGUAUCAGGACUUUUGCCUAUCCUCAUGUAAGUGCUUCUCAAUAAGACAGAAAAUACCCUCUGUCCCUCAGUGAAACUUUGUGAAUGCCAGAAUAUACUUGCAUUUCUUGUGAUGGUUGAUUUUGGCUUGCUGUGUAUUUCUCAAAAGUUGAGAUAAGGUUGCUAAUGUCUGUGAGGAAAAUAAAAGCUGAUACAUUCCUCUGCAUUGCUGGCCUGCAAAUUGGAGAAAAGUGCUAUGAAGGGAAAAAUUGAUGAUAUUUUUAUGCAAACUUUUAUGUCCAUGAUAUCAUACUCAGCUGCCAGCUGCAAUGAAAUUAACCCUUGAGUCUCUGCUAUAUGCAAAAUCACAGCAUGGUUUUGCUUUUGGAUUUUAACUUGCUUUUUUCUCUACAAUUUCUAAGUUACUAGGGUCUUCAGCUGCAGAGGAAAUUCACACAUAAACAUUUUGGUGAAACUAUUUUCUCAGAGAACAUAAAAAUUCAUCAGCAUUGAGCAUGAAGGGUUUACAGGAGUGUACUGGCCUGGACAAGGCUUUGCUGUGUUCCUCCGGUUACUUCAAAAGAGACUCAAACGUACUUUCUGAGUGAUCCAGCUGAUUUCUGAGGGACCAGAGAUUAAAUCACCUCUGCUUUGCCAGCUCUGAUUGUAAUGCCUCUAGCUGGCUAUUGAUAGACAAAAUGGAGCAUCAUGUUGGUUGGUGGCAAAGGGCCGAUGCAUGUGAUACCACAGCAGCACAAAGUGGUAUGAUGAAAAAGUCUCGAGGAAGUUUGUGAAGAAAGGAACCUGUCCAGGAGAUCUUCACUCUCAGCUAACCCUAAGGAAAAAAUCUAUCACUGCUUUUGUAGUCCUUUAUCUUUCACUGUAUUUUAUACUAGAAACCGAGAAACUAAAUUAAAAUUUUUUCUCCACAGUUGACUUUGAAUAGAUUUUGGAGGUUUUGAUUUUGUGAUUUUUUUUUUCCCAAAGACAUCACUUGCUAAGUGUGGAACCUCACCCACAGAAAUCCUAUGAAAUCAUCUCAGUAUUACAGAGACAGAACUUUUCCCCCAUUUUUGUUCCAUUUGAAUGCAGGAUAUUAUCUUAGUACUCACUGUGUUUCUUGUCAUCUAUCUGAAUAUAAAGUAAGUCCCUUAUAUUUUCUGAAAGGUCUGUAUUUCUCACUAUUGCUCACCUAAUUUUUGAAAUAUUUUUCUGCACUAGACUUGAAAUCUGUAACAUGUUAAUUCCAUAGCUGAAAGCCAAAGAAAGCCAUUUAUAAAAUACUUCACUGUUGCCCAUUUAACUUCCUGUGGUUGAAGGAGAGUUCCACCAACCUUAUCUUCCUCAGCCCCUUCCUGCUCCCUGAAAAUUACACUUGGAGAAAACAAGACCACAAGACUACCUAGUUUUAGAAUGGAUUUUGUUUCAAAAUCAGUCAGGCUGACAACUGGUUGCUUUUUAAACCCACAUCAAUGGUCUUUGAAGUAGGGAAAGAGUUUGGAAAGCAUUGGGAAGUAUAUUAGAAUAACAUGCAAAGUGACAUACUAGUUUUUCAGGGAAGAAAGGAUAAGCAAAUAUAAAGCAAUAAUCACACCACAAUGAAUCCAUCAUGCAUUCACAUCUUCCAUGCUGAGUGAGAACUAAUUCCCCUGCUUUCUACUCCCAUCUCAGAAAAGAUCUAGAACAACUUGGAGGUAUGCGGAAGAGUGACAAGCUGUCACACUGUGCAAUAGCUUUUGCCUAAGAGGCAUUUCAACAGCUUGGAAAAACUGAGAGGGGAGAGGUGUGAUAGAGGAAUGUAACAUCUUCAGUGUUGUGGAUGAAGUGAAUGAUUAUUCAGUUUCUCACAAUAAACAAGUGGGUGAUAACAAGUGACUGUCAUUCUCAAGAUGUAAAUGAAAGAAAAGAAAUUGUCCUUUCCCUCUGCACCCUUAGUCCUGGAAAUCAGACUGAUUUUCAUGGUGAAAAUUGUAAUUAUUUUAUGCAAGUUGUUAA